UUAGUGCAGUGAUAAAUUUAAUUCAAUAUAAAUAGGACAGUAGGUUAGUGUAGGCCAUCAAAACUUAAUAACGUUCAAUAACAAGACGCACACAAACAAAAGAUAUGGCGACUAAGACUAUUCUUAUUCUCUGCUUCCAAAUUUUAUUCUUAGAGAGUAUAUUCGCUCAAUGUAUUGGCACUCCCGCUUGCAUACCAGAAGCUUAUGGCCUAGCGGGCCCCGGCAUACCGGGCCCUUUCACCAGUCAGCUGACGAUGCACAUACCGGCACUACCAGCACCGGCCUUCUCGAUCGUAGCUGAUGACUUAAUUGUGGACGGUAUUGUGUCUGUUGCUGGGUCUCUGCCGUUCCUCGGCACGGUGACCUUAGGAGGCUCCGUUCCAGCGGUAGGCGAAGGAUCAGUUCUGUAUAACUGCGGUAACGGCGAGGUCGGCAUGGUGAGAGAAACGCCAGCAGGUCGUGUACCAAUCGGUGUAUAUUAAAAUGUUGUUAAGUAUUUAAUCAUUAAGGACUCGUUAAAUAAAUGUUUAAUUUUUAAA